AGGACAACGAUGGAGGGGGAGGAGCAAAGGACAACAAUGGAGGGGGGGGAGGAGCAAAGGACAACAAUGGAGGGGUCAGUCCGUUGGCUCGGGAAUUUCCGUCCACGGCCGCUUGGACUACAACGGAGGUCACCCUCCGGAACGAUGGCGAUGGUGGUGGUGAUGGUGGUGAUGGUGGUGGUGAUGGUGGUGGUGAUGGUGGUGAUGGCAUCACCGUGGAUUCUACAGUGGAGAGUCAAGGAGGGGAUGGUGAGCGCCUUGACCUCAACUUCCAGUGGCCCACCACCACCUCCACCUCGUCCACCACCUCGUCCACCACCUCGUCCACCACCACCACAUCCACCAUCACCACCACUGUUCGCCAUGGGCUGGAGGGGGAGGGGCCAGCGGGAGCCACGCCCACGCUUCCUGCCGAGGCCACGCCCACACUUCCUGCCGAGGCCACGCCCCCACUUCCUGCCGAGGCCACGCCCCUCGCCCCCCCGACGGCAGCGGCGGCUCCGCGCAGGAAAUCUGGAGGCCACUCUCGCCCGUGCUCCGGCAAGGACCUCCACUUCUGUCUCAACGGUGGAGCUUGCAGCAUCAUCACGGGGAUUCGAGAACUCUCCUGCCGCUGUCCGAGUGAGUUCACAGGAGAUCGCUGUCAGAACUACGCCAUGACCAGUUUCUACAAGAAUCCAGGAAUUCAGCUGAUGGAGGCCCACGAGUUGUAUGAGAAGCGAGUUUUGACCAUCGCGGGCAUCGCCAUCGCUCUUCUCGUGGUGGCAGUGAUGUGUGUGGUGGCUUACUGUGCUGGAAAGAAGUCCAGGAGGAAGGUACGGGAGCGUGCCAUUGGCAAGCGGGGCGGUCACGUGAUCGCCAACGGCUCCGCCCACGAGCCUGGAGCCAGCCAAUCGCAGACGAGACUCACGGAGUUUGCUGUAAAGGUGCCUGAAGAGGUGGAAGUCUCCCCCAUAGAGACACGGUUUUGUUCCACUAGCUCCGCCCCCUCCUCCUGCCUCCACCAAUUAGAGACGCCCCCUGGUGGGCCCAGCCCCGCCCAGGCUUCGCCGGCCUCCCCUGAUUGGCCUCCGCGUGGACCAAUUGCUGGGCAGCAUCACCACCACCACCAGCAGCAGCAGGAGGAGGAGGAGCGACCCCUGCUGGUCGCCACGCCCCCUAGCAACGUCAGGGCGUGCCUGGCCACGCCCCAUGGCAACGGCAGUGCGUGCCUGGCCACGCCCCAUGGCAACGUCAGGGCCUGCCUGGCCACGCCCCAUGGCAACGUCAGGGCCUGUCUGGCCACGCCCCAUGGCAACGGCAGGGCCUGCGUGGCCACGCCCCAUGGCAACGGAAGGGCCUCCCUGGCCACGCCCCAUGGCAACGGCAGUGCCUGCCCGGCCACGCCCCAUGACAAUGGCAGGGCCUACGUGGCCACGCCCCAUGGCAACGGCAGUGCCUGCCCGGCCACGCUCCAUGCCAACGGCAGGGCCUACGUGGCCACGCCCCAUGGCAACGGCAGUGCCUGCCUGGCCACGCCCCCUGGCAACGGCAGGGCCUGCGUGGCCACGCUUCAUGGCAACGGCAGUGCCUGCCCGGCCACGCCCCAUGGCAACGGCAGUGCCUGCCCGGCCACGCCCCCUGGCAACGGCAGGGCCUGCGUGGCCACGCCCCAUGGCGACGGCAGUGCCUGCCCGGCCACGCCCCCUGGCAACGGCAGGGCCUGCGUGGCCACGCCCCAUCAACAUCAACAACAACAUCAACAUCAACAACAACAUCAACAACAAUAUCAAGAACAACAUCAACAA